AAUAAUAUAAUAAAACCCUCCCAACACCACCGCCGGCGCUUCAUUAGUCGCCGUGCACCGCCACCUUCAUGUCCUCGGACUCAACAAUGAAAUGAAUCCACUAUCAACCUUCAGAUACAGAAUCUUCCAAUCAACAACAACUCCAUUCUCACCCUUUUUCCUCUUCAACCAAAAACGAUGGAAAAAACCCGUUAUUUCAGCGCAAACUCGUUUAGAGGACCGAGUAAGAGACCCACACUUCGACAAACUAACAACCCAUUUCAAAAAACUCAACGUUGUCCUCAAAAUCCACACCCUCAUGUCAAAUCGAAAACGCGGUUCUUUCGUUUCGCUUCAGCUCAUGUCCCGUUGGAGAAACAUCCUCGGACUCAAUGUCACUGUCACUUCCUUUCUUCAAAAAUACCCUCAUGUUUUUGACCUCUUUCUCCACCCUUUUAGGAGGAACAUGUGUUGUAGGAUCACGAGGAAGAUGAAGGAGUUGAUAUUGCUGGAAGAGGUUGUUGCGAAAAGGUGCGAGCUUGAGACUGUGAUGAGGUUGAAGAAGUUGCUUAUGAUGUCGUUGAAUGGUACUCUUCAUGUGCAUGCUUUGAGGUUGAUGAGAAGAGAAUUGGGUCUUCCUUGUGAUUUUAGAGACUCCAUUCUUGGGAAGUAUUGUGAUGAGUUUAGGUUGGUUGAUUUGGAGAUUGUGGAAUUGGUUGGUUGGGAUGAUGAAUUGGGAAUGGCUUGUGUUGAGGAAUGGAGGGAGAGAGAGUAUAGAGAGAAAUGGUUGAGUGAAUUUGAGACCAAGUUUGCUUUUCCUAUGAAUUUCCCAACUGGGUUUAAGAUUGAAAGAGGGUUUAGGGAAAAGUUGAAGACUUGGCAAAGGCUUUCUUAUACGAAGCCUUAUGAGAGGAAAGAUGUAAAAUGCGGCGGAGCGCAACGCUAUGAGAAGAGGGCGGUUGCUGUUCUUCAUGAGCUGUUGAGUCUGACUGUGGAGAAAAUGGUUGAGGUUGAUCAGUUGGCUCAUUUUCGAAGGGAUUUUGCUAUCGAAGUUAAUAUGCGCGAGGUACUGCUUAGGCAUCCGGGGAUAUUUUACAUAUCGACAAAAGGAAAUGCUCAAACGGUUUUUCUUAGGGAGGCUUAUGAGAAAGGAAGGUUGGUUGAGCCUAAUCCGGUGUAUGAAACUCGUAGGAAUAUGUUGGAGCUUGUGUUAUUAGGACGCAGGAAAACCAAACAGUUAUUAGCUUCUGAUGAAUUUAAAGAAGAGAGCAAUACUGUCGUUUGUAAAGUAGAUGGAGGUAAAAGAGAAGGAGAUUGGGCGAUUCAAUUCUUGGAGGGUUGCGAGAAGAAUUGAUCCUCGUGAUAUUGUGACGGUAGCAGAAACUACAAAUCUGGAGAGUUUGCUAAGUAGUGUUUUGCUCUUAACUUUCAGCAAAAGUGUUCCUCUUUGCUUUGUUUGCAUAAUUGGGUCUUCCAAUUCUGUAUGUAAUUAUUCUUCUUCUUACCUGUAGUAUGGUUAGUUGGUCAUAAUAUUCUUUUUGAUAGAAGGAAAAUUCACCUUUGCUAGAUUUCUAUAUUAGUGAUCAGAUAAUACUUUGAUGUUUUCACUACAUAAUCACUUUCAUAUGACAAAAUCAGAUCAAUAUUUUAGAAAACAACAAUCUUUUUCUCGAUCGAAACCGGUGUAGGUCUGUGCACAAUUCCCGGCUGGAUAUUUGCCUAUCUUUCAUUUCAUAAUCCUUUUAUUAUCUGGUUGUUGUCUGCUCCCAAAUCACAAAAUUCCAAUUGCGCUGUAGACCGCAAGGAGACUCCUAACUCAAGAACUAAGCCCACUCCGCACGACGAUUCCUUCUACGAUUUUGGUUGCCUCGCUCUUUGUUUAUCCCAAAUCACUCCCCAUUUCUUCCCAAUAUUCUUCGCGCAUCAUCUCUCCUCUUUGUUUAUCAUUUUUCAAUGUCUCUCCCAAAUAGUACAAAGCCGUUGAGGAAGAAAUCAAGUGAUUGCUGCUGCCAAUUUGUCUUUCGCAGAUUGACGAGCUCGCGCAAAGGGAGAUUAUGAAUCACAGAUCCUUGAGCAUCCAAAUAUCAUUUGAUUUUAAAGAGAUAUGACUGACAUGUAUAAUACAAUGAUAACCAUGAAAUGAAGAGAAAAGCUGCAGCGUACAACAAUAAAGCAAGCUCCGCCAGUAUUCAGUCUUCAAAGAAGCCUACCGAAAAUCCUAAAGCAGUUGCAAAAUUUGAGUGGCAAGCAAAAGUGAAUUCUCCUGUUGUUGAGGAUGCAAUUGAUAACUUCACUAGACAUCUGGUUUAAGAAUGGAUAACAGAUCUUUGGUACUCUAGCUUAACACUGGACAAAGAGGCUCCCGAGGAGUUGGUGCAACUGUGUACUUGGUGAAAUUUCGGGACGCAUGCGAAAUAUAAAUCUGAUUGAUUUUUUGCGAAGGGAUCUUGUUAAUCACAUUAGCACUCAUUUGGAGCUGUAUCGUGCUGCUAUCUCCAAGAUUGAAAAACAACAAACAGGUUCAUUAACAAUUGAAAGUCGAGAUACAGAACUAAAAAUUGUGUUGGCUGCAGAAAACAAAUUGCAUACUGCUUUAUUCUCUUCUGGAUACAGCAGUCAAUUCACUAAAUGCAUCCUUUCAUACAGACAAAAAUGGCUCAACUCGCUCUUCAGUUACCGCGUAUAAAGAUGACGAGCACAACCACAUUAAUAUGCAUACUGAGUGAAUCAGAGAGCAAUACUUCAUAUACUUCUGAAGAUGAUGAAACUAGUAAUGUUACAGGUCUCAAUUCCCCUGGAACUAAGGUUUGGGAUGGAAGAAAUAACAGAAACCAGACUGUUUCUUAUGUUCAUCACCCACUUGAAAUUUUUGAUAACCACAGUACAAAGAAAAGGAAUAAGAACCUUCCCGCUACCUGAGAUCAUUCAGAACUUAAUCUGGCAGUAAAAGGUCUAGAUCAACCGAUCACAAGACACAAAUGUGGCAGGAAGUUGAGAGAUCAAGUUUUUUAUCUAGUGAUGGUCAAGGCAUACUCGGCUCUUCAAAAUCACAUGUGAAUUCUGACGAGUCCUCCCAUGAGAUCGAUUUUGAAAGUUUGGGUAGAAUUUAUAGUGGAGCAGCUGCCAUCUUCUUCAUCCUCUAUAUCUGAACAAGAAUCUUGUAGUUUGGCUGUUAAUCCUCUGUUAAGUUCUUCUUCUUUAGUAGAUUCCUUUUACAAGUUGGGAUGGUAUAAAAACAUAUCCUAGAUCAUUUGUUGUGAUUCCUGCAUCGUCCACGCUUUGGGUUCAUUGAAGCCCAAGCGUGAGUGGGUAUUUUGUCGAGCUCGAGUAUCGUUUACUCUCGUUCGACAACGAAGGGAAUAUGUAGUUCACCAACUUCGAACUGAAGAUAGAUGUAGAUUUAGAAGUCAUGUGAGUAUUUUUCGUUGUUAUUGAACAAAGAGUCCGAUUGAAGUGGGUGUGAGGUUGCAAAAUCCAUCGAAGAUAUUAUCAACAUGUUGCAACGUCCUGAACUACCCAUUUAUAACGAUAUGUAAUGUUAAAUUUCCAAUUAUCAAUUAUCUAUGUAAUAUUGAGUGUUUUAAUUUAAUAUCAAAUUGUUAUGAUUUGUAGAGAUUAGUAUAUUGUCUAUGUUUUUUGUUUUUCAUUUGAAUUAUCAGAGUUAUUUUCGGAUAUACAUCUCCGAAGCAUAUCAAAUAUAAUUUUGGACAUGCAUCUUCGAACUAAAAUCAAGUAUAAUGAAGAAUUGGUGCGUCCGGAGAUGCAUUUAUGAACUCUAGGGACAAUUUUGAUUUUUCACCGUGGGUUAGCUAUGCAUGUGAUAUCGGGAUUAGAGUUUCUCGCAAAAACUGUUGCGGUUAGAUUC